CACGCGCACACUCUCAAAUCAUUCAAAACCCUAGAGCUUUGCCUUGAUAUCGAUAUAUAUAUAUAUAUAUAUAUAUGGAUUUUCUGCUGAUACUUGUUUUUCUUUCAUUUCUGGUUUGUGGUGCUGUGUUUGGGAAUGGACAGAAUGGAGAAACAAGCUUUGAUGAGAAUUAUAAGGUUAUUUGGGGUGGAGAUCAUGUUGUGUAUUUGAAGCAAGGGAAGGAAAUUCAGCUCUCCAUGGACAAAGCUUCAGGGUCUGGCUUUGGAUCCAAGAUGAAUUAUGGGUCUGGGUUUUUCCAUUUGAAGAUCAAAGUACCAGACAGAGAUUCUGCUGGAGUUGUCACAGCUUACUAUCUAACAUCUGGAGGAGACAGACAUGACGAAGUGGACUUUGAAUUCUUAGGGAAUAGAGAGGGCAAGCCGUACACGUUACAGACAAAUGUAUUUGCAGAUGGCAAAGGCAACAGAGAACAAAGAAUUCGCCUUUGGUUUGAUCCCACUGCUGAUUUCCACGAUUACAAACUUCUUUGGAACCCUCAUCAACUCGUGUUUUAUGUGGACGAAAUCCCAAUAAGGGUAUACAAGAACAAGAGCAACAUAGGAGUGGCGUAUCCAUCAAAGGCAAUGAAAAUAGAAGCAACGUUAUGGGAUGGAGAGAGCUGGGCCACUGAUGGAGGCAAAGCCAAGACCAAUUGGAGCUUUGCUCCUUUCAAAGCUCACUUCCAAGGUUUUCAUGUCAAUGGCUGUCAUCUUCUUCCUCAUGACAAUGACAUCAAUGAUUGUGGUUCUCACAAGUACUGGUGGAACCACCAACAGUUCUGGCAAUUGGACUCUGCAAGACAAGCUGCUUAUCAAAAUGUCAAGACCAAAUAUAUGACCUAUGAUUAUUGUUCUGAUCAUCAAAGGUACCCUGUGCCUCCUCUCGAGUGUUCUUAUAAUUAACUAAGCUACAAAUUAGGUCCAUCGGCCUAAUUAUAGUCACUUGAAUUGCAUUUCGAGUACUAUUCAUAGUUUUUAUAAAUUUAUUGAUAUAAAUUUUAUAUUUUGUAUU